AUGGAGUAUCCCGGCGACCUUACGGGUCCGAAAGAAUUUGUCCUGUGCUUCGAUGGGACCGGCAACAAAUUCCACGGCGACGAAUCCGAUAGCAACGUGCUAAAAAUCUUUCGCAUGCUGGAUCGCAGCGGCGUCAACCAGUACCACUACUAUCAACCGGGAAUCGGCACCUAUGUGACCUCGCGGUCGCUCUCAGAUGCAGGCACUAUUCAGAGGGUCAAAUCUGCGUACCUGAAGGCCAAGGACUCCGCCAUAGGGUCUAGCUUUGCCGAUCAUGUCAUGGGAGGGUACAAGUUCUUGAUGCGGUAUUACUCCCCGGGCGACAAGAUCUAUUUCUUCGGCUUCAGCCGCGGGGCCUAUGUGGCGCGGUUCCUCGCGGAGAUGCUCGAUUACGUUGGGCUCCUCGAGAUGGGCAAUGAGGAGCUGGUCCGAUUCGCAUGGAAGACUUUUGCCAAGUGGCAGCAGCGGCGUACCAACUCCAAGGACUAUCAGACUGAGAAGCAGCAGCUGUAUGGCUACAUGACAGCGUUCAGAGAGACCUUCAGCCGCCCAGUGACGCAGAUCGAGUUCCUGGGGCUGUUUGACACUGUGAACAGCGUGCCACGGUUCGAAAACGCAUGGAUGCAGCGCAGUAAAUUUCCGUACACUGCAAGGACGUCUGCCAAAGUGAUCCGUCAUGCCGUUGGCAUCGAUGAGCGACGCGCUAAAUUCCGUCAAGAUCUGAUUUCGGAAGUCAAACCGACAGGCGGUGGACAUCACAAGUCCCGGCUGCGUCGACACCUCGAGAGACAUCAUCUGCAUAUGCAUCACCAUCAUGAGACAAGGCCCGGUGCGGGGGAUCAGAAUGCAUCUCUAGAGUAUUCUGUCUACCGACCAUCCCGCCCCAAGCGCCGUCGAGACAUGCGCGAUGAUCGCCGCCACACUCACCAAGAGCGAGCGACUUCUCGUAACACCUCGCGACACAGUGGAGAUGAAACAGAGAAGUCUGCGCAAUCCGUCAGUGCCGAUAACAGCGCUUCAGAUUCAGGUGAGGAGGAAGGCGAUCUUCCACAGGAUAUCGAAGAAGUGUGGUUCCCUGGAUGCCAUGCUGAUAUAGGAGGGGGCUGGAAACUCGACGACGGCGAAUCUUGGGCGUUGAGCCAUGCACCGCUGGUCUGGAUGGUGCAGGAAGCACAAGCGGCAGGACUACAAUUCAAUCCGGUCAAGAUGCGUCAGUUUAACUGCAUGCCAGAUGAACCGAUCGCCCGAGUGGAUGACCCAGCGCAGCAAAGUCACAGAGGGAGCAGCAGUAGCACUGACUCCCGCUUCCACCAAGCCCUCCGGAGAUCAAGCACCGAUGGAAAGAUACACGAUUGUCUCCAGCUGGGGCAGGGGCUACCCGCAACGUCCGUCCUCUCCUGGAAACUCAUGGAAUGGCUGCCAUUCCGGCGGAUGGACUUACAGGGCGAUGGGUCGUGGAAACCUAUUCGAUGGCCUCUUCCCCGGGGCGAAGUGCGCGACAUUCCCCCUGAUGCUCAGAUCCACGUCUCAGCCAUCCGGCGAAUGCAGGCCAAUGAGGACUACCGACCAGGGAACCUAAUCAUCGGGGGCGGUGGACGAGGUGUUCGAAAAGCUCCAAAGGACCGUGGGAUGGGAGAAUGGGAUAUCCUCAAACACGCUGGUUGUCCAGUGCGCGAGACGUAUCUCCGGCGAGAUGUAGCCAACACAGGGUGUUUGGGUCAAUGCCAAUUUGAUGCUGCUGCAGCUGUUGAUGGUUUCUGA